UAGUUUUCACUGCGAGGGUGUAAUUUAAAAGCCCCUUACAUGGCUGCCUCGGUUUCUACUCUCUUCGAGAAUCAUGAACCUCCCAAUAGUCACGCCUCUCUUCAAACUUUCGCCGCUGUCUCUUCAUCUUCGAUCCCAAAACCCUAAUUUUCUUUUAAGCAAUUUCCCCUCUCCCUUAAAUUACUCACCUCAAUCAUCCUGUCGGCAGGAGCGGCCUCCUCGCAUUUUUUGGGAAGCUGUUUUUUGUUUUGGAACGCGGGAGCUGCACUUCAUCAUCUUCUCCUUUUUCUGCAAAUUUUCAAUCUUUGGAUCCCAUUCGGUGCAAUUGUUUCUUGGCUCUUUGCGGCAGUCGGGCUGUGCGGGGGAAUCCAUUUUCUGACAACAUUAUUUUUCUGUCUGCGCCUUUUAUCGGAUUAGUCUCAGUCACUUGUAUUUAAGAAUAUAAGUUACCCAGAUCCGAAAAGUUGAGUUUUGUGCUCACCCAUAUUGGAGGAUUUAGAAGAUAGAGAGAGAGAGAGAGAGGAAAAUAGGUUUUUACACACUUGACAUGGCCAUGGAAGAGUCAAGCAGUAGCUACUCAUGGAGCUGGGAGGAGGAGAAGGCGUUUGAGAAUGCUGUGGCUGUUUAUACGGAGGACAGUGAUGACCGUUGGGAGAAAAUAGCAGCAAAUGUGCCAAUGAAGACAAUAGAGCAGAUUAUGCAUCAUUACCAGCUGUUGGAAGAAGAUGUUGGUGCUAUUGAGUCGGGCUUGAUACCUUUACCUAACUAUCCAUCUUCAAAAACUACGGAUGAAUCAGCCAUUAAUGAUGGGAGCAGCAAAAAGAGCGGGCAGGGAAACAGCCAUGAGAGCAGCAAAGGGUCGAGGUUGGAGCAGGAGAGGAGGAAGGGAAUAGCGUGGAGCGAGGAGGAGCACAGGCUGUUUCUUCUGGGGCUUGAAAAAUACGGCAAAGGCGAUUGGCGGAGCAUUUCACGGAACUUCGUGGUGACAAGGACACCCACCCAGGUGGCGAGCCAUGCGCAGAAGUUCUUUAUUCGUUUGAACUCGGGCAACAAAGACCGGAGGCGAUCCAGCAUCCACGACAUCACAACUGUUGGCGACGGAGAUGCUCCAGCUGUGCCUCAGACGAAUGCGACAUUAUCGAAAACCGUGAAUUCUGUCAACCAACUCUCGGACCAAUCGGCCGAACCUCAUGGUGUUGGUCCGUGCGGCACUGCUAUCGGACAUCCAGUGGUUAGCGGACUUGUUACGGCUAUAGGUACUCCUGUAAUUAUACCAGUUCCAGGGGCUGUAAUGCAAAUGGGUUACGGAGUACGCACACCAGUUACGGCUGAAACUGUAGUGCCGGAGGAUCCGGUAAACUUUCCGAUUCAAUCUCGCUCGACGCCUCGUAAAUCUUCCCGUAGAUGAGUGUUGUGAAAUCCUACUUUAUGUACAUUAUGAAUGUUUUCUAUUUGAGUUCUGAUUAUUUUCUCAGAACAGAAUAAGAUGGCUGUUUGCAUGAUUUUGUCAUAAUCUUUUCAUCUAGCCUAAGAUUUUAUCAAAUAGGUAGCUGGUAAAUAAGCCAUAUAUAAGAUUCAUGUACAUGAAAUCUGUAGCUGGUCUGGUUUUUAUGUGCGGUUGUGGCAAUCCUGUUGCUGAAGAUUGCUUGAAAGGUUCAUACUGCAAAUUAAUAGAAGAUGGAACUGGUUUUGACUUCUGGAA